GACACGCUACACAUUUGAGCGUAGAAGAAGAGUUCUGCACGACUUUGACGUUUAGCAGCAGCAGCACUUGUCCUGACCUUCUCCCUGCAGCGUGACACACUGAAAGAUGGCUGGACGCGCUUUUGCAAGUUGGUGGGGCAAGGUGAGCCCUUACUACACCAAGGCAUACCAGGAGAUGUGGCCGGGCAUCAUCAUCAUGUCAUACCUGUACUACAAAGUUUCCUAUGGAGGCAAGACGGCAGUGAAGGCCAAGCCUGCGCAUUGAGUUUUCCACCAUGCAGACCACCCCUCCACCUGCUGUGAAAUAUGGCCCAAUUGUUAGUCCAGAUGUUCAGCUUCAAAUUUGAAUUGUUGUUAAUAUGGAACAAAUAAAGUUGUUAUCUAAAAACCUUU